GCUAUAAACCGGAGUAGUUCCCUGUGUUAUCUUACAUAGCUGAGCAGUACAAUAGUUCUAGAUGGCUACUGUUAACACCACAGUUCCCGGGAUGUCAUAUACCGUGUUUGGUAACACAACUCUUCUAUCGGACGGUUUGGAUAACACCACCGCCGUCAAUUACAUAUGUUCGGAAGCCCCUGACGAAUAUGCAGUCUUUUAUAAGUGGGCGCAAUUCGUAACCGGACUUAUAAUAUACCCUAUAGUAUGUGUGGUUGGAAUCAUCGGUAACACACUGACGCUUAUUGUGCUUGGCCACAAGGACAUGCGAACAGCCACAAAUGUUUAUCUGUCAAGUCUCGCUGUGUCCGAUACCAUCAAACUUCUUAACGAUCUGAUGUACUUUGUUCUACUUUUGCUUAAGUUGGAAAAUCUUGACGAUGACAAUAAGAUCAUAUUUAAUUUCUACCCAUAUGCUCAUUACAUUUUCAACAUGUCGGUGUGUGUGACUGCGUGGCUGACAGUUUCUGUGGCCGUUGACCGUUACAUUGCAGUCUGCCACAUCACAAAGGCUAAAGAGAUGUGCACCACUGCACGUGCGCGUAUCGUCAGCACGGUUGUGUUCGUGUCCAUGAUCACGUUGUCUGUACCCUCCGCGCUCAGGUACAGACCAAUGUUGCAGUAUGACGACCGUUUAAACGUGUCCUGCUAUCAGAUUCGGCAGAGCACGCUUGGUCAGAAUGACCAGUUCAUGACUCCUUACACAUGGGUCCAAAACUCACUGCGCUCCAUCAUACCGCUCAUUGUUCUCAUUUUCCUCAAUGCGAGGAUCAUUAACGAACUGAGGAAGCAGCGUGUUCCGGGCAAAAAGCUCUCGUCACGGAACAGGAUUACUCUAAUGCUUAUUGUCAUCAUUCUGUGCUUUGUAGUGUGUAUAAUGCCAGAUGCUGUUAUGUCCUUGUUCUUUGGCUUCGGAUAUGUGGACGAGACCAGCUUAGUUCGCGGGAUACGCGAAAUAACGGAUUCACUUUUGGCUAUUAAUUCAGCUUUGAACUUUGUGCUAUACUGUAGCAUGAGCAAGAUUUUUCGAACGACUUUCAUGAAAAUAUUUUGCAAUAAUUGUACAGUUCAGCGAAAGGUUUCUGAACGCCUGCUGCAGAACGGCCAUAGCGGUGCCGCUGUAUCGGUUGCGCGGAAAGACAGCAACGGUUGUAGCGGCAAUAACAACAAGGACUCUAGGGAGACGUAUGUCUAGAAAAAUGGGGGACAAGUCACCAUACACUCAGACUACGUCUAUAGAGGUCAGUGGACACGUUACCAUGCGCUCAGACGUACGUCUAUAGAGGCCAGUGGACACGUCACCAUACACUCAGACGUAUGUCUAUAGAUGUCAGUGGAAGUCGUACGUCUAUAGAGACCACUUGGGACAAGUCACCAUACACUCAGACUACGUCUAUAGAGGCCAGUGGACACGUUACCAUACACUCAGUCGUACGUCUAUAGAGGCCAGUGGAGUGGAUACGUCACAAUAGCCUAUGUCGUUCGUCAAGUCGCAUGUCGUACGUGUUGUCGUGGAAACGUAAAAAAUACGUUCGUACGCAUGUCUUAGUGGGAGUGGAAUACAGUCUUUACAAUCAAUCGGUGUGUAUCUCAGUGAGGGUACGAGUGAGGGUAAUUCAAUUAAAGAGUGUUGGUGCAUACUAUGACAAACUAUAGAGUAUGUGUAGCUCAAAAGAUGGCGAUGACGUGUCCCCGACUUGAAUAAAUUGCAAGCAUCUGUUCUGGUAUCCGAGUGAAGUAUUAUACCCGAAUCCGUGUGGAAUCUGGGAAAUAAUACUGGAGAAGUUAAAAAAAAGAUUUAUGCAAAGUAAAUACAAGUGACAAUACAAAGGUGACUUUGUCAACGAAAUGUGAUCGUUUUCUUGUCAACGGUCUUGGUGUUGGAGAAAUACAAUUAUUGCUCUCGAGGGAUAACAUAGCGACCUUGUACUCUGCAGUUUAGGUGUUAUGAUACCAUAAAAAGUAUUGAAGGCAGAUGGCAACAUUACGUCUAUAUGAGAGCGUUGAGAAUUUGUACUCCGUAAUAUAGAUGUCGCGUUACCAUAAAGAAAGUCGUAGGCAUGUGGUGCCGAUACGUCUAUAUUUGAGUCCUGGGACUUGGUUCGCGGCUGUAUAGGUGUUUUGUUGCCAUAGAGAAUUAUUUUAGUAAGAUGGUGACGAUACGAAUGUGAGUAUUGAGUCUGGACAUUCGAGGCAAGAUGAUCUGCUAAACGCCGCGUGUGGUACGAAUGUUUGUGUUGAGUCUGGACAUUCGAGACGAUGAUUAGCUAAUCGCCGGGGUGCUGUGAAUGCCAGCUCUGCUUUUAAUACGGUAUAAUUGCAUAAUAAAACAGAUACUUUGUACAUAUAUUUUUGGGCAUAUGAAUCAAAUGCUUUGUGAUGGAUAGUGUUAAACAAUUAUUUUAUCAUAUUUAUCAGCCUCAUCUAUCUGUAGACAACACAAUGAGCCUUAUAUAAUGACGCUAUCUUGUAUAAAAUACCUUAAUGCUAAUGUUCUCCCGCAUAGAAUUUCAGGACAAAAUCGUGUGGACGAAUUAUGAACUCUGCAACUCUUGGAAUUUAAGUUCUUGAAAGCAGCCUUCAAUUAGGUACUUCGAUGUGCCUACAGGUCACGUGGCAUCUUCAGUGUUAUUUGAUAAAGAAGCUGGAUCUUGAUGAUAUGGCAGAUUCAUGCAUUUUUGUUAUUGCUUCUUAUGAUUAUAUGCUUUUCUGACAAUUAUGAGCCAAUGUUGCUGAAGUAAAUUGAAAACGUUCAGUGGGAAGCCUUGUGAGUGUAACUGUUUCGUACUCAUUGAUACUGACUGAUUUUUUUUUUAUUGAUUUUGUUUUUGUUUUGUUUAU